UAUAUGAUAAAGAGACUGAAAUGGAAAUCUUGAAGUCCAUGUCCUCUGUUUCAAAUGGGAAGAAACAGAGCAUAUAUGGAAAAAAUAUUCUCUUUCUGUUGUAUAAAUCACACCCAUUUCUUGUUUCAAUUUCUCCGGCAAAUUUCAUUUUCAUAUUUUUACUUUUGUGAUUUCAAGAAAUGGUAAUGGCAAUGGGGAAUGUGAUGAUUCAAGAACCCCAUUCGUUAGUGUUAAUCGAUGGAGGAGUUCACGUUCCUCGGAGGAAGAGGUCCGGCAGCGUUGAAUCGAAGAAGGAAGAUGACGGAGCGUCCAUUUCCAUGGUGGAAGCGGCCAAGAUUCUGAUAGCAAUGGCCAACGAUGGAUUCUGUAAAAGGAAGAAGAAAGAAUCUCCUACGGUGAAACAGAGUAAGAAAUCUCCGACGGCGAAAAAGAGGAAGACAUCUCCGACAGCGAAACAAAAGAAGAAGUCAAUGGAGUUAGAGGAGAGUUUUCCGGAGAUGCCGGCUUCGAUGAGGGAUAGGGUUGUGGGGAAGGGCGGUUACGAAAUUCAAUUGGUGAUUCAAAAACAACUUGAGGAAAGUGAUGUGAGCAGAAACCAUGGAAGAUUGUGUCUGCCGGCGAAGAAGGUGAAAACAGAAUUUGUGAGAGAAGAAGAGAGGAAUAUUUUGGAAGAAGAAAAUGAUGGGAAGAAGAAGAAUAAGAAGGGAUUGGAAGUUGGGGUUAUGGAUGAUAGUUUGAGGGAAAGUUCAAUGUGUCUGAAGAAAUGGAAGAUUGGGAGUGGGAAGUUUUACUGUUUGAUGAAGAAUUGGAAUUGUUUUGUGGAAGAAAAUGGUUUGAGAAGUGGGGAUUACAUUCAACUUUGGAGUUUCAGGAACAAUAUUUCUGAUAAGCUCUGUUUCGCCAUUGUUAAACUCUUGCAUGUUGCAUGAGGAAGACGAGUUGGGUUACGUAUAUAGCUUAACUUCGGUAAAUGUGAUCUCAUCUAACUAAUUCAAAAUGUUCCUACUUUAGUGUUAUUAAUAUAAUAUAAAACUAAUUAU